AUGACUUUGAUUCACACAAAGUUAACGUUAAAAAAAAGAACCAAAGUUGUUUUCCGAACAUCAGAAUCCUUUCCACAACAAAUACAACUCCCAUCUUCAUCACGCUUGUUGUUGUUCGGAAUGAGAUUUACAAAGAGAGACCUCUCGAGACUCCUCUUCAAGAAUGUUUCUCCUCUCAAAUUACUGCUGCAUGGUAUUUGUAUUGGAAUUUGUUUAUUGCCUGCUCUUGCAACGUUGAUUGUAGGCUUGAUUGUUUUUGUUACUUCUCCGAGUGAUAAUAUUACAACUCCAACACAAUGUACAAUUUUAUCGAAACUACAAUGUGUCACCACCUCGGCUACAUCCACAACAACACCACAACAAACAAGUGCAACAUUCACCAGUUCUUCGUCUAAUUCUGUUCGUCAUCAUCAAUCAACAAUAGUAAAUUCUCAGAAACUCAUCAAUGAGAAGAGUUCUCCUAUUGAAUGUACUUAUACAGUCUCUUUCACCAUUAUUCCUUCACAAAGUGGACAACAAAUCAUUCAUGCAAGUACGAUUCCCUUCCCUAAAGUAUCAACGCACUCCAAUUACACACUCAAUCAACAGGUUUCUUGCUUUUAUGAUGAGAGUAAUCCAAAGAAUGUUUCAUUUGACAAGACCAAUCUUGUACAUUUUUACACCAUUGUUGGUUUGGGUGUGAUUGGUGUGGGUGGUUGUUUGCUUUUUCUUGUCCUUGUUUCCAUGACCAUCUUCUUUACCAAUUUGUGUAGAUUCUGUGUUGGACAUUCACAAAUGAGGAGUCAAAGAAAGAGGAGACUGAGAAGGAAUUUAUUGAGUAUUCUAAUUCCGAGAUCAUCUAACAAGAGUUCUGCCAUCAAUACUGAGGAUGACUAUGAAGACGAUUAUCAAACAGAUUCGAGUGUAGAGAGGGCAUUGGAUUCCUCUUCCACCACGAGAGGAAUUUUACAAUAUGGAGCUAUGGGAAAUAGGGAUGAAGGAAAUGGAUAUUAUUAUUCAAAUGCCAAUAAGAAACAUGCUAGAUUCAAUGUUGCAAGUUCUGGUUCUUCAAAUGGAAGUGGUAUUAGUGGCAAUAAUUCAUUCCUUGUUCAUGUGACAAGUAGUACAAGAGUGAAGAAGAACAAGAGUAGUGUUUUAAUUGAUGAACGCCACUUUUAUCAACAUAGUGAUGAAGAGUCUGAGCAUGAUGAAAAAACUGAUUCAUCUGUUGAAGACAUUCCAGUGGAAAUAAUAGCUUCCUCUCUUAACAGGGCAUCUUAUCCAGCCCACAAUUUGUAAUUGUACAUUAUGAGAAAUUGUUACACAACUAUGGAUUUAUUUAGAGUCAUUUCCAAACACUAAUUUUUGAUUUAGGAUAUAAUUUUGUUCCUUAACAGGCUGAAGAGUUUUUUUGGCCGAUUUUGUAAAGUAUGUAUGCUUUGUAAGGAAAUCCAAAUUAGAAAUGUGCCAUUCUCUUGGUGGGAAUGGUUUUUUGUUUACCCUUUCUAAUUCAAGUCUUAAUGAUUCGGAUUUCAAAAAGUAAAGAUCAGUUCCUAAAUGAGCUAAAUCGGCAUCACAAAUAAUUUGGCACAAUAAACAAUCACCUGGAUUUUGUGGU